AUGUUUGUAUCCAGAAGCGUUCAUGCUAAUCAUGCCGACCUUAUUCAUGAUGUGGCCUACGAUUUCUACGGUCGACGUAUGGCAACUUGUAGUAGUGAUCAAAUGAUUAAAAUUUGGGAUCUAAAAGACAAUGGCGAAUGGGUGUGCACUGCUUCUUGGCGAUGCCACCUAGGAUCCGCAUGGCGUGUCAGUUGGGCGCACCCUGAAUUUGGCCAGGUCAUCGCUACUUGUUCAUUUGAUCGUACAAUAGCAGUAUGGGAGGAAAUUACAGGCACCCAGUCAACCAGUGGUGGUGGUGAUAACGAUGGAAGCACUAACCAAACUCUACUCACUUUAACAAAUAGUAUGUGUGGAGGCCAGUCAGCAAAUACAAAUUGGAUCAGACGUGCUUAUCUUGUUGAUCCACGCACUUCCGUGACUGGCUUACAGUUUGCUCCUAGGCAUUUAGGCCUUCAGUUAGCUGCGAUUUCUACAGAUGGCAUGUUGCGCAUCUAUGAAGCUCUGGAUGUUAUGAAUUUGAGUCAGUGGCGUUUACAGUUUGAUUUUGGAACUAGAAUGGCAGGAUCAUGUUUGGCCUGGUCUCAGUCUCGACUUGACCCACCAUUAAUAGCUGUUGGAAGCGCUAGUCCCAGUGAUUCAGGAUCAGGUGAUAAUUCGGAUGGUUUACAAACAACUCACUCAUUAUCCUAUUCAGCAGCAUAUUCACUGAAUCCCUUAGUUAAUAAUAAACUUGUGCUUUAUGAAUACUCUGAAGCUAGAAGACAUUGGUUUCUUGUCGAAGAUGUGCAUGCAUUAAAGGAUCCUGUUUACGAUUUGUCAUUUGCUCCACAUAUGGGUCAGUCGUAUCACACACUGGCUGUUGGAUCUAAAGAACUUUAUGUAUUACGAAUUCGUCCAUCUGGUUCCGAUCAAAGUUCUAAUUCAGUCGUGAAAAAUGACAGUUCAAGUUCAGCUACUGUAACACUGGCAAGAUCUAACGUACCUGUUCAUAGUCCCUAUGAAAUAAGAGUGAUGGCUCGUUUUGAUCAUCAUAAAGGAAGAGUUUGGCGUGUAUCAUGGAACGUAACCGGUUCUUUACUAGCAUCAUCUGGAGAUGAUGGUUGUGUACGACUUUGGCAAGCUAACUACUUGGGUGUUUGGCUUCCAGUUUGUGUUAUCAGUCCAGAUGGCAGCAGUUGCACUGCAACAUCUAAUGAACAGAAUGAUUUAUUAGAUUGUGCACUCAAGUCAUGUUUAGGUUCCAUGUUACCACAAUCAGUCUCAUCAUCUGGAUUACCUAUUCGUUUACCAAAUUUAAAUGUCCCGGUGAAGCCUAAUGAACAUGGUGAACAAACAAUCAACUCUUAUUUAUCCAAAGGAUCAUCACUUCACGCAUGUACAACCUCAUUUCAAAAGGUGUCAUCACUUUCACAUGCAAAUCAACCUGCUGCAUGGCAUUGA